GUUUUCUAGUUAAUACUGGCGUGUUCACUUUGUAGGCUUAGAAGCUUUUUUAUAUAUAAUAGUAAUUUUUUUAAAAAUAAGAAAAGAAUAUGAAGUCUAACUCUCAGCAAGUAAAAGUUUUUCUCCGUUGUAGGCCACCACUAAAACGCGAGCUUUCUUCGGGCCAAUAUCGAAGCGUUGUUAGCUGUAAUGUGGAACGACCGAAUUCUGUAAAUAUUCGUGUUGAACGGGACGGACAAACUUUCAUUAAAACUUUUGACUUUGAUGGCGUGUUUAAUCAAACUGCCAAUCAACUUGAUGUGUAUAAGAGAGUGGCUGUUCAUAGCAUCGAGGAAAUGUUGAAAGGCUAUGACUGCACUAUUUUUGCCUAUGGACAAACGGGGACGGGAAAAACAUAUACAAUGGAAGGACGUCCCUCGCGAGAAACUAAAUGGGACGUCAACUCGGAUGCUGGUCUUAUACCACGUGUUUGCCAGCAUCUAUUUGAGGAGCUCGAGAAUAUCGAUUCAGAAUAUUCUGUUCAAAUUUCCUAUGUCGAACUUUAUAAUGAAAAACUGCGAGAUUUGUUGAGCCCGCAUUAUUCAGAACUGAAACUUUUAAACGACUCAAAAGGAAAUGUUAUUAUUGAAGGCGUUGAAGAAGUUGUUGUGCAUUCAAAUGAAAAUGUCUACGACUGUCUUGAUGGUUGCUGGAAAAGAAAAACAGCGUCCACCAAGAUGAACGAAAAUUCGAGCCGCUCUCACACAGUGUUUACCAUCACCACACACGUGAAAUCUCGCAAUUCCGGCGAGGAGGAUAUUUUAAUUACAGGUAAACUUCAUUUGGUGGAUCUGGCGGGAAGUGAAAACAUUGGCCGUUCAGGCGCUACUAAUAUGCGUGCUCAAGAAGCUGGCAAAAUCAACAAAUCACUGUUAACUUUGGGCCGUGUGAUCACUGCGUUGGUUGAAAAAACGGGAAGGGUCCCAUACCGCGAUAGUCUUCUUACAAGAAUUUUACAGAAUUCCCUGGGAGGAAAGGCAAAAACAAAUAUUAUAGCUACUAUUUCUCCUGCUCAUAUCAAUUUAGAAGAGACGCUGAGCACGUGCAUAUACGCCAGUCGCGCAAAAUUUAUCGAAAAUCAGCCGGAAGUUAACCAGACGCUUACUAAAAAGGCUUUAAUAAAAGAGUAUACGAUGAUUAUUGAAAGGCUUCGGAAGGACUUGUAUACCACGAGGUCUAAAAACGGGAUUUAUUUAUCGGAAGAACGCUACGAAGAAAUAAUGGGCCAACUCGCCCAGAAAGAUCACGAAUCGAGCACGCUUUCGAUUUCUGUUUCUUCCUUGCAAGAAAAGUGCGAUGAACUCACGAAUGCAAACUCUUCACUUCGCACUGAACUUCGUGAAACCUUAAAAGAACUUAAACAGGGAAAUAAAAGAAAUGAAGAGCUUUCAGAAAAGUUAUUAGCAAGUCAAAAGGAACUAAACGUUUCUAAUAUAAAAAUAAACGAAAAAGAGUACAUUAUUACAGUACAAGAAGAAACGGAAAGAAAACUUCGCGAGGAAACAAAAGCGCUUCGAAACAUCAUGGAUUUGCUAAAAAAUGAUCAGCAAAUAGUAUAUUCAGCUUGCGAGGAACUAGCCAAUCAUCAUCGAAAGCAAAUAGCUGUUAUUCGGCGAGUGGAGGAUUGUCUUUAUCGCAACGCAUCUUCGUUAUUACUAUAA